CAGCCUCUGCUGUCUGCAUCUCACUGCCCCCUGCACGUUGACCUCGAUUUCUCCCACUGGCGCUUGUGCCCUCACCUUGUCUACGGCCUUUAUGUGGGCACGCAAAGCUCUUAUGCCCCAAAUCCUCACACUCAAAACACUGUAGACUAUCUGUGCUUGCAAACCCUGCGUAGAGCCCCUCCCCAUGCUUCCCUUUAAAAUGUACAUUUAGCUGUUGCUCAUUGUUAUUCGGAAACACAAACACUUGCCUCCGGAAUGAAACAACGUGCUUAACGGCAUCUGCCUGAAAGCCUGCUGACACGAAAACCGCUCGUAAACUUACCAAAACGACUCAGCUCUUUCCUGAUUGGGAUCAUCCGUAAUAAACGGAGGAAAAUGUGCAACUACCACCCUUGUCGAAGGGGUAGAAAGAGGUGAAAUUGGCACCAACACACCCCGUACAAAUAUUCCACUAGCAAUUAGCCUACCAACUAAAUUUGCUCUUUGCAUGAACACAACCACAGCUUUGUUCAUUCUAGAAGCGGAAUGUAUAAAUUCAGAUCCUACCUGUUCACCGACUGCAAGCAGAACCUCCUCCACUUUAACUCCAUUCUCAGGAACACACCUGAAUCCAUGUCGUAACGACAGCGUCUCCUCCGCACUAGACUGAGAAGCCAUCGCACACACCACACCUCCCAAACCCCAGGAAACUAACUCUAUCCUCUUCCACCCUAACUUUGAAAAAACCUGUGCAUACCGCUAAAACAAAUAGUGCAUUAACCCUCCACCACAGAAAAUAAAAUUGAAAGAAAAGACCAAGGACAGAAUCAAGAAAGUUAGUUAGGACAGAGCCUUCCACACCAAACACUCUAACUCCAAAAACUCCCAGCAUGCACUGCGAGAGAGAGAGUGAGAGACAGACGGAUUGACGGGCAGGUGGGCGGGCGGAUACAUAGGCAAAUUGAGUCAGUUGUUUAGGCCAGUGGUUGGGAACAGGAAAGAUCAAUGUGGGAUCUGUAGAGCACAGACAGACAUGAUGGUGAGAGGAGGCGCAGGCAUCAUUAUGUCCUCAGAGACAAUAUAUCACAAGGAAUCAAAUUCGGCCUUUUUACAUAAAGAGACAUUUGAACAAGGAAAGGGACUUUGUCAAGACAAGAUCUUGAAGUUUAUUCAUCCUAACAUGUAUUUUUUGGGCAAUUCAACAAGAGCUUUUCCAUACGAAAGCUGAUCAGGUAUUCAGUGGGUUUCAUAAUCCAGGUAUUAUGAACAGUGUAUAAAACCUCACAGGGGGUCAUGCACGCUUAUUGCAAGUUGUACAAUGCAUUAUAACUGCAGACUAUGGUGUUACCCUUUUUUUCUGGGAAUACAAACAAUCCCUCGUCCCUACUACACCCUUACAUGUCGCCUCCUCAGAUGUUAUGUUUCUGACGCUUAUUAAUAAGUGCUUUGACGAGGAUGACUACAUCACAUGGAGGUGAGAUCAAAUGUCCAAUGAUGACACCAUUACACAAGCAGGUUAAAUGGGGAUGUGCUACUUGAAGACUCUCUUGUACAUGUUCACACAGACACACCUGUACAGCUCCUGUGAUGGCCCAUACCAUAUAGUAGUAAAGUAUCAUUUCUUUCACUGAGUAUAAAUGGACAUUGCUUGCCCACUAAAAGUUGCUGAAUCGGCCUACAUGCUCUCCUGUCAUGACUUGGGUAUAUUUGGGACUCUGCCCAGUGUCCACUCAUGUGAAAAGGCCAUUCUUCUGCACUGGCCUGCGCCGAGUUUAGCAUCAUGGGAAUGACUGCCAGCACUGUCAUACCAGCUCAAUUCCCAUGAGAAAACAUUUGAGUUUAACCAAAUAAAACGAACGGAAGGGAGUAGGGUCAUUUGAGAUAACAUGUUGAAAGAAAGACAGAGAUGUAGCUAUGAAACUGUAUUUUUUUUACCUACAGCCUAAUAAGUCAGGAUGAGAGAGGACAGGAGAGUGUGCUGGGGAGGGAGACGAAUCUGUACCAAAGAGCAGUCUCCCUAGCACACGCUCAUGGACAGACGGUAAAGGUUGUGUUGCCACCUAGUGGACAUAGGCACCAUUGCAAUUUCACUCAGCAAAUGUCACUCAGUUUGUUUUACAUGUCCUACUUGCACUUCAGUAAUAUUGUAAAGAAGUGAAUGAAUGCACACAUCCUUUUUUAAAUCCAAGGUAGAUUAUGGUAUUAUGUUCGAUUUCAUAUCAAGAAUAAACAUGAUAAAUUAGAAUACAGGAUAGACAUUUUCUAUGAACAUCAUUUUCAAUGGAAUCAAUCCCAUAGAUAAGCAUAAUGCUUUAAUUCUUGUGACUCAGUGAGCACUUUGUCACUUUCGGUCUGCCUUGAGGAAAUCUUGUAGCCCAUGACCUUUUGUGACCUGAGAAGAUACUAGAGGAGAGCCAUAGCCAGGUAAAUGUAGAGGUGGGUGGGAAUGGCAUGUGAUGUCACGGCUAGACACGGUGGGAAAAGCAACAGGUAGCUCAAUGUAUGCUAGCGUUCCUGACUGUAGCAUCACAGACCACACCUGUGAAGAUGGCCCAGGUUAAGUCACCCGUGGAUGGUGUCAAGAGUCAGCAGCAGCGUGCAGAGAUGUACUCUGAUAUUACCAUCGUCAGCUCCAGCGCAGAUGUGGGCAGCCCAGCCAGAAAAGGCCCAUUUGACAGUAUGACCCCAGGCCUCAGCAGGCGUGGGAGAGCCUAUCCAUCCCCAGCGCGCAGGCGCCAUCGCACCACCUUCAGUCACAAGCAGCUGGACCAGCUGGAGAUGGCGUUUGGACAGAACCACUACCCCGACAUCUACUGCCGUGAGGAACUAGCGCGGCUCACCAAACUCAAUGAGGCACGCAUACAGGUAUGGUUCCAAAAUCGGCGUGCCAAAUACCGCAGGCAGGAGCGUGCGUCUCAGAAGCUCUUGCCAAUGGCCAUGAUGCCAGGGCACGGGGCACUGUUGGGCAGCAUGUGUGUUCAGUCCACAGGGUUGACCCGUCAGUACUACCCUCACUCCCUGGCUCACCAUAUCCCCCGGUUCCCUUCUCUGCUGCCCUCAGGUGGUUACUCCCACCACCCAGGCUCAGCCAGCCAGUGUUCCUGCCCCACAGUCCCACCAGAGCCACAACCCCCCCGCCAGCACGAGGAGUGGUACAGCCCACUACGGAACAUUGGAGCCCCACCCAGCAACCUGGCCACACCUGUGUUCUCCCUGACCUCCAUGCCUGCUCUAGACCCUGGCUCUCACUGGAACUAAAGAAAGAGUAACUUCUACGUCGGGAAGUAGACAAUCUCUUAUAGGCUGUGUCUCGAAGAACUAACAGUUAUUCAUUGCACCUUAGAUUAGAUGACAAAAUACCGUUUUUUGUAUCUAUACAGUGAUAGCUAGUAACUAAAGAACAGGAAGAAUUUAGAGAAUAGUGAGAAUGACUAAACUCCUCCCAUUGAAUACCUGACAUUGCAUGUUUUCUUGAAAGUUCAGGGUAGCCUAACUGAGAGAAAGACAUUCGUGGGUAGUCUUGAAUUAUCCAUAUAGAUUGUCUGAAAUAUACACUAUACAUCUUUCUAAUGCCUUUUGUAUUUUCACAGUAAAUAAAGUAGUGUGUAUUGGGA